UCAUUUAUUUACAGGCAGUAUGUGGGCAGCUAGAUAAGUUUACGGAAGAGCAAAUGUUAAAACUACAUGUAAUUUGAUGGAGGAGAGAAAUUUAGUUUGUUGUCUAUAGACUCAUUAGGAUUGAAGUAAGAUUUCAUAUAGAAAACGGAAUCAGGAUGCCGUUGUUUGGGCAAAAUCCUUUCGACCAGGAUGUCGAAAAAGUAACUAAUGAAAACAACACAACGGAGGACUGGAGCCUCAUUAUGGAUAUUUGUGACAGAGUUGGGACAACACCUAAUGGUGCAAAGGAUUGCCUCAAGUCAAUCAUGAAGCGAAUCAACCACAAGGUUCCUCAUGUGGCCAUGCAAGCACUAACAUUGCUUGGUGCUUGUGUUGCAAACAGUGGAAAAAUCUUCCACCUAGAGAUCUGUUCCAGAGAGUUUGCCAGCGAAGUACGAAGUGUGUUGAACAAAGUGCACCCUAAAGUGAGCGAGAAGCUCAAAGGCCUGAUGGUUGAUUGGGCUGAAGAGUUCCAGAAAGAUCCACAACUCAGCCUCAUUGGUGCCACCAUCAAAUCUCUGAAGGAAGAAGGAGUGACUUUCCCCUCGUCGGCCUCAAAGACUAGCAAGACCAGCAGCACCACUGCCACCAGCCGAGCACCUGAUGAAGAUGACCUUGCCAAAGCCAUUGAGCUAUCCCUGCAGGAGCAAAAGCAACAAGCAGAAACUCAACCACUUUUUGUGACCGCUGACCCUCCCUUCAAUACUAAUAGCGUGAGAGAAACACGUAAAGUGCGCGCUCUGUACGACUUUGAAGCAGCUGAGGACAAUGAGCUCACCUUUAAGGCUGGUGAGGUUGUCAUUGUCCUGGAUGACAGUGAUCCAAAUUGGUGGAAAGGAGAGAAUCAUAGAGGAGUAGGACUGUUUCCAUCUAACUUUGUUACAACAAACCUAAAUGCAGAUCCAGAACCAGUCACUCAUGUAGAAAACACAACAGUUUCUGAGGAGCCCACAGUAGAACCUGAAGCAGAACCAGAACCAGUGCGUAUAGAUGAGGAAAAGAUGGACAGAACUUUGUAUUUACUCCAGAACACAGACCCUGCCGACACUAAGCCUGACAGCUCUGAGCUGAUCACGUUGGAGGCUGAAUGUGCACAGAUGAAUCCUUUAAUAGAUGAAAAAUUACAGGAGAUUGACAGGAAGCACUCAGAGUUAUCUGAGCUGAAUGUGAAGGUGCUAGAAGCCCUGGAGCUCUAUAAUCAGUUAAUGAAUGAAGCUCCUCUGUACUCCGCAUACUCAAAGAUGGCGACUCCUCAGGGGACUUAUCCAGCUGCUCCUCCUGCUGUAGCCUUGCAGGGUUACCCAGGCCAACCCUCAGGAGCCUACAUACCUGGUGGUGUCCCACAAGGCUAUAGUCUGGGCUCAGACCAAGCUGCCAGCCUCUGCUCGAUGCCCCCCACAGUGAACUCUACAGCCCCCAGUCAACAAGCACAGCCUCCCUAUAUCAGUGGUUUGGGCACACCAUAUAUGAACCAGGCUCCUGCUCCUGGCACUUACCCACCGCAUAUGGCUAUGGACAUUUCAGCUUAUCAGAAUGCUAAUCCUGGUAUGCCUCCACCCACUUAUCCAGUGGCACCUCCCACCCAUCCUUCACCCCAGCAGCAGCAGCAGCAGCAGCAAGCAGCUUAUUACCAACAGCCACUUCUGUAAAUCUGUGCAUAUCAGACUCUGAAAUCAACUGAUGUUGAGGUUGUACUGCAGCAACUCACUAGACAUCCAGCUCAGCAGCAACCCACUACUUUUUCAACUCACUAAUUUCCCUUUUAUGAACAGAGUACACACCAGUCUUCACCAGCACACUAUCUUCAUAACUGAAGUUUAUGACAUACAUUCCCUGCCUAAGAUAAGAACAAUAUAAUUUAUGGGAAAAGUUAUAGGAUUCUUUAAAAUUGGCCCACUAAUAAAUAUAUAAAUAUGUAUCAUUUUUUUCAUACUGUUUUUGGCUGAUGGAUGUUUUUGAGAGAUUGAUUAAGAUAUUUAAUUUAGGAGUCAUAAAGAGACAGAAAAUAAUGAAAAAUGUUCAUAAACCACCCAAAUUCUGAAAUAAAUGAAGGUGCCAUGGCAUUCAGCAGUUUGGUUAAUAUUCACGUUUACAUCAAAAGCUUGAACAGUGUAACUCUGUUUAAUGCUGUUGUGGUAAAAUCAGACUGCUGAUACAUGGAGAAGCAUUAGCAGAUAGGGACCAUCACAGUAAACUGCUGAAUUCAGAGUACUCACGUGAGCUGGUUUAUAUGAUUGGCUUUGAUAUGAGCUGAACGUGGGCACAAAUGCAAUCCCUUUUAUGCUUCAUUCCUGAGUUUCUAUGUAGAAGUACUAUUUUAUUGUGCGAGUAAUAGUAGUAGUGCUUUCACUCUAGUUGGAUUUCUCAAAUUUAACUUCUAGAAAAUUGCUCUGCAAAGAAAUAAAUCCUGCCGAUGCUUUAAAUGGAAAUGAUAAAUGAUGCCUUAUAUGGCCUUUAAGUGUGAGAUUAUUUUUGUUUGUGUGUUAGAUAUAUAGAUGUAAAAAAUAUAUUUUGGAGGACAACUAUAAUGCUUUGACCAAAUAACCAUCAUUACUUAAGCGUUAUGGAGUAUUCUGUUGUUUCCUUAAUGUUCUUUAUUGCAAGACUCAUAUCAGAGGAAUAUAGUCUGGAAGAUCCUUAGUUUUUCAAACUUAAAUUAGUUCAUUCAAUAUUCAACAUGUCAAAGAGAACUGAGCAAAGACAGUGAUAAAGUGUGUAAGUAUGAUAGAUAGGAGAACCAUGAUCAAUUUAGUUUCUUAACCUGUCUCAAUUAAUGUAUGUUCAUUGUAAAAUAUUUGGCUUUUCUUUAUUGCACCUAUCUUUAUGAUAAUAUAGAAUGUCUAUAUUAUCUGUAUGAUAAUCAUUUACCAACAGAUGCCUUGUUCUGUCAGAUGAUGGACGUCAAAUAAGAGCAUGCAAUGUUUCGAAUUAUCUUCAGAUGCUGCUGUAUAUCUGUAAAAAAACAACAACAAAAAAAACUAUGUUUUAUGAGAUUUAAAUAUUUAGGUAAAUGUUCCUGUAUAAGCCUGUAUACUUCUGGCACACCCAAUGUUUUAUAACUUAACAGUUACUUUGUCCUCACUUUUAAGAUUACUUUUUGUAACAUAGUAAAUUGUAAUAUCUUUCCAAAUAAAAUUUGCCUUGUGUUCCA